CUGUCCUCCCAGGAGACCCUGUUGGCUGUGUGGCUCUGCACAGAGAGGGCAGCUACGUGGUGGCCUCUGGCACCUACCUUGGCCUCCUGGACUGGGCGAUGGGGCAGGUGGAGUGGGCGGCCUGGCUGGACAGGGACAAGCCCCACAACAGGUUCAACGAUGGGAAGGUGGAUACCAAUGGGAGGUUUGUGGCAGGCACCAUGCCAGAGGCGUCCGCCCCAGGAAUGUGGGAGCCGGGGCAGGGCUCCCUGUACACACUCUUCGCUGACCGCUCGGUGGUCAGACAGCUGGACCAGCUGGGUAUCCACAACGGGCUGGACUGGUCCCUGGACCACCGCACUCUCUACCACGUGGACAGCCUGGACUACUCUGUGCGGGCCUAUGACUACGACGUGCAGACAGGAGGCCUGGGUAGCGGCCGCCACUGCUAGCCCCCCCCACGCCCUCCCCAGGGGAAGGUCUCCGUGGCCAGGCCCCCACACCC